CCCGGGCGACCCGGCCGGGGCGGCGGGGGAUGGCGGGCUGGUGGCGGGCGCUGCCGCGCGCGGCCUCGCGCUACCCGUGGCCCACGAACGUGCUGCUCUACUCCGCGCUCUUCUCGGCCGGCGACGCGGUGCAGCAGCGGCUGCGGGGCGGCCCGGCCGACUGGCGGCAGACGCGGCGCGUGGCCACGGUGGCCGUGGCCUUCCACGGCAACUUCAACUACGUGUGGCUGCGCCUGCUGGAGCGCGCGCUGCCUGGGCGCGCGCCGCGCACCGUCCUGGCCAAGGUGCUGUGCGACCAGGCGCUCGGCGGGCCCGUGGCCAUCUCUGCCUUCUACGCAGGUAUGAGUAUUCUCCAAGGAGAGGAUGACAUAUUUUUGGACCUGAAACAGAAAUUCUGGAAUACAUAUAAGACUGGACUGAUGUACUGGCCCUUUGUACAGCUGGUCAACUUCAGCCUCGUUCCCGUGCACUGGAGAACAGCGUACACCGGACUCUGUGGUUUCCUCUGGGCCACCUUCCUCUGCUUUUCACAACAGAGUGGGGACGGCACAUUGAAGUCCGCCUUCGCCUUCCUUCAUGUAAAGGAGGCCAACUCAGCGGAAAGGCCCCCUGAGAAAUGAGAAGCCAGUGGCCCCCUGAAAGUGGCUAAUUUUCUAUCUUUAUGUGCAGUGGCUUGCCAGCAGAUGAAAUGCUCUACUAACCGGUUAUGCGCUCCACUUUGAUGAAUUACUAUUCCAUAGACCCAGUUGUUUCUUAAUUAUCAAGGAGUCCUUUAAAUCUUAUUCAAGCCUCCUUUUUUUUCGUUCUAGUCUGAAAGUAUUACUUCUCUAAUAUUUUCACUUCUUUAGAAUACUUUGGUUCGUACCAAUAACAGUGGCCAAAUGGCAUUUUAUAAUUAUGACUACUUCUAGUCUAAUAUUUUAAUGCCUAUUGAUUUAGGGACCCCCUGUUUGGGUUGUAUACGUCUGUCUUCUAAAAUCUCAGGUUAUCUUCUAAAUACUUUUGGGUCAGAUUACCUUUUAUACUGAAAAUAGUGCUUAUAGUAAAUUUCUGUUUAUACAGAAUUCAGUCAAGGAGAAGAACAAAUAGCCAGACUUUCCCCCCCAAAAUACUGUAUAAUAAUUUAUUGUUACACUGAUACUAAAGUUCUGUAAGUAUAUUUUAUAUCAUCAAAAAAACACAGUGUAUGAUCAGUGCGUCCUGUAUAGAAUAUAUUUUAUUGAUGUCUUCUACUUUUAUACUAAGUUGUUUUUAGUUAAUGGUUUUUAGUUUUGAGCAUAUUUCUGUUGACUAAAGCACCCCAUUUCCUAGACAUACAAAAUAUACAAAGUAUUUGGCUUCUUGAAAAAAUAUGUUGAGUGAAAUUUCUAAAAUUAAUAAUUUUUCUUCCUCUGGAGGGAAGAAAUCUACUCUAUAGGGUUCCAGGGAAAACACAGUUAUGUGCCACGUAACGACUUCUUGGUCAACAACUGAGUGCACAGACGACAGUGGGACCGUAAGAUCAGUACCAUAGAGCCUAGAUGUAUGGUGGGCUGUACCAUCUAGGUGUGCGUAAGUGCACUCUAUGAUGUUCGCACAACGAUGAAAUUGCCUGACGAUGCGUUUCUCAGAAUAUUUCCCUGUCAUUAAGUGACACGUCUGUAGUUACCCCAAAUUUCACAUUGAUGUUAUAUUUUUAAAAAUCUAUGCUUUCAAGUAAAUCUUUAUAGGUAAUCUUGAAGUAGACGUGAGAAACGAGA